AUGAGUGAAAUUGCUCAAAUCAGCGAGUGGCCCGCAUGGAACGACAAUCCGAAUGGAGGAGAUCCUCUAACUCAGGACUUGACUUCGCCAUACGAUAAAGGCGAUUYAUGUUGGCUGGCAGUCUGCACCAUUCUGUGCUGGCAAAUCACACCAUUGACAACUCCAUCACAGGCCAUCGGAUUCCUCUAUGCCGGAAUGCACAGACGUAAAGCAGCCUUAACAAUGGUCUUUCAAUCGCUCUUCUGCGCCUGUGCCUGUGGGAUUCAAUUUUGGGUUUACGGGUAUUCUCUCUAUCAAUCCCGCACGACGAACCACUUUCUUGGAAACAUGUCUCUAGCAGGCCUGCAUAAUGUUUUAGCACAGCCCUCAUUGGCAAAUUCAGAUAUCCCUGAUCUGCUCUACGCCUGUUUCGGCUUCACAUUCGUCACUGCAACAGCCAUGAUUCUCGCAGGCGCUAUGCUCGAGAGAGGAAGAUUAUUCCCCAGCAUGUUAUUUUUGCUCUGCUGGACGACAUUCGUGUAUUAUGUGUUGGCGUACUGGGAAUGGAAUCCCAAUGGUUGGCUGUUGAAACUUGGCAUUCUUGACUUUGCAGGUUCCGGACCUAUACAUAUAGCCAGUGGAUUUUCUGCUUUGGCAUGGUCAAUGAUGUUGGGUCCGAGAAUCUCAGAGACUACCAUGACCGAUCGUAGGAAGAUUGUGCACCAUAAACCCCACAACCCCUUUCUCGUUGGCUUGGGCACGGUUUUCAUCUGGUUUGGCUGGUUCGCUUUCAACGGUGCCUCCACUGCAAAUCUCAGCUUGAGAUCCAUUUACGUGAUGAUCAAUACGAACCUCGCAGCCUGCGGUGGCGGUAUAACAUGGUCUCUCCUCGAAUACUUCCACACAGGCAAAUUCUCCAUCAUAGGUUUCUGCUCCGGCAUCAUCUCUGGUUUAGUAGGCAUCACACCCGCCGCAGGCUUCACACACCCAUCUACGUGGCAGUUCUUAUUGGCUUCUUAA